CCUCAACCCAGUCCAGUGACACACCUUGUGAUAAUUUUCUUUUUUCGUGUUUCAUUGCACACCGCUUUCAAAUGGCUAAAGGUUUCUUUAACUGGAUCAAGGCCGACGGAUCCACGGACUUCUUGCCCGAGAAAGAUCGCUACCACCUCUACAUAUCUUAUAUUUGUCCCUUCGCAUGUCGAGCACUAACUGUGUACAAACUCAAGGGUCUUGAGGAAGUCAUCUCGAUUUCUGUCCUCGAUCCUGUAAAAAAACCAGAAGAAGGAUUUAAAUUCAACCCUGAUAAGCCAGGAUGCGAUGCCGACGUUGUCAAUGGCUGUAAAUUCCUGAAAGAGAUUUACAAAAAAGCAGAUCCCGAUUUUGCAGGUUCAAAUUCUGUCCCGUUGUUGUGGGACAAGAAGAAGGGUACUGCAGUAAACAAUGAAUCUAUUGACAUCAUGCGGAUGUUUAACAAAGAAUUUAAUGCUUUUUGCCCAACUGAGGAACAGAGAAAACUGGAUUUUCUUCCCGAUGACUUAAAAGAUGAGAUAGAAGAAAUAAACAGCUGGGUGCAUCCUAACAUCAACCUUGGCGUUUACAAGACUGGUUUUUCAGAAAAUCAAGCACAGUAUGACAAAAAUGUCAUCACGUUAUUUGAAAGCUUAGACAAGGCUGAAUCACUUCUGUCAAAGCAGCGUUAUUUAGUAGGCGAUAAAGUCACAGAAGCUGAUAUCCGUUUGUUAACCUCCUUGAUAAGAUUUGACUUGGCAUAUUAUGGGCUUUUCAAGUGUAACAAGAAAAGGAUCGUUGAUUAUCCGAAUCUGUUUGGGUUUUUGUGUGACAUGUACCAGAUGGAGGGUGUAAAGGAGACUGUGAACUUAGAACACAUCCGGACUGGCUACUGGGCUGGCUUUCCAAAGAUUAACCCAACGAACAUAGUUCCAAUUGGUCCAUCUGUCGACUUUAGUCUCCCACACAACCGGGAUAAAAUGUGAUCAAAUUCACUAGCAUGAAUUGACAACUCAUAACCCCAAGUUGUACUAGUGAUAAGGUCCUUUCAUUUCAUAGUGUAGCUAGCAGCCUGUACCGCUCGGAGUUACAUGAUUGGAUUAAAAAACAAUAGAUUGGUCAUCCAAACAAUAGCACUAAACCUAACCUUACAAAAGCAGUAAUGUAACUUAAGAUAUGUGUCUUGUCUUUUGAAGAAUAAAGAUUAUUAUAGAGAACGUGUUAACCAAAUUUUUGGAGAAAAUGUAAGGAAGUUGCCGAAACACUGCAUUGGUGAAAGUAUUGUCAAAGGGUUCUCGUGUACUUUAAUAAUAAACCAAAUAUUAAAGGCCA